AUGAAACUGAUUCUUUUCCACGUGCUCAUGGCGACCACUGAAGCUUUCCUCAAGGACCACGUACAGUUCACAUCUACACGCUCGAAAGCGGCCUUCUCGAGAAGAAGGAAAAGUUUUAACUCAGCGCAGAGUCGUCGCUGGACGGACUCCGUGAUUGACCCAGCGGCAGCUUUUGCCCACGACGUUGACGUCCUCGUGGGGAGCAGUAGUAGCAACAACGAUAAUUUUUUUGACUCCGACAAGUCACCGUCCUCGCUGCGCUCAUCAGUCAACUUCGUUUCCCUCGCGGACUCACAGGCAGAUGGACUCCCUCGCCCUUUCGUCUCACGAAGGUACAAAUACGCCGAUGCUCAUUCCAACGAAGCUAUUGCCGAUUCACAAGUUGAGGACACCUCUGAGCGGCUUACCCGUCGGAAGACUUCCAUUUCUUCGCAUCCCAGCAGCUUUACAUCAUCUUCGUCUCUGCUUGAUAGUAGUAGGCAAAUGGAUCUCAUCCCAAGUUGCACCCAGCAUCACAAAAAGGAGUAUGGCUGCUACACUUACCUCCGGAAUUACUCACCGCAAGGAGUAAAACAACGAUACCUCUCAAUAGUAAAAUGUCCAAAGAGAAGAAAAUCCUCAACGAGGAGGCGAGAAGUCGACUGCGAGAAAAUCCCUACUUCGAGAAGUUGCCGAAAAUCCAGAAGGAAAACCAAGAAGAAGAACAGUCGUCGAAAGAACCGUGGCAGAGAUAGCUUCAAAAAAGCGCAGUGUCAGGCGCCCGGCGCCAGAUACUAUGUGAAAGGGGCCAACCACGGACCUGUGGAGAGAGACCACAAGAAUAACAUGAUUUUCAAGCAGAUCAUCAACGGCACGGACACACUGGAAAUCUUCACUUUCGAGCACCACGGCACUCAGCAGCGCUUGACCGUCGACGAAAACAGCUACUCCGUCGUCUUGCGGGAUGAAUUAGUCUCCGAAGAGCAGAAAUACCUCCAACAGUUCUACAUUCGACGAACGGUGGUUUGCGGCAAACAGUGCAAAAAAGCGAAUUUGGUAUUUUUCGAGUGGUGCCCAGCCGAUGGAUGCGCGAGGAGUAAACGCAAGCGCAAGUUCCUAGCGAUGUCCGCUGAGGGCUACUUGAUGAUCGUCAACGGCUCGCUGAGACAGAUGGAGAAGCCGAAGAACAAGAUUAAAAACGAGGAGUCUACGAGCGUUGAUUCGAGAAACAAGCAGUCAAUGAUGGUGAGCUGGAAGUGGAACAACUGCACACGUGAGAGCUGCCCGAUGUUCCAAAAAAGCGAGAAGGUCACGCGCAAGAGCAGGCGUACGCAGGAACGAAGCAGCGUGCAGUACGCCGGCGAAGCCACUCAAGCUCACCAAAAGAAAAGCCGAAGAAAAGACUCUCGGCGAAAAGACCGCACCAAGGACGAGAGCAGCAGCAUUGCACGCCAGAAGUACGUCGUCUACUUCGAGUUGAACUCGCUCAGCUCGAAGAUGAAGCACGACGAACUCUCGCCGACGCUGGAAGACCUCAAAGUCGCUCAACAGUUUCAUCAGCGAAGGCGGAAGAACUAG